AUGACUUCGCCCCCAGCAAGCAGGUGGUCGCAUUGCACGUGCCACGUGCGUGCCGCGCACAUCAGACCGCCAGCUUUGCCGACAAUCGGGAACCUACUCAAGGCGUUAAGGUCUGGCUAUGGUCGUCCUGUUGAUUACAAUACUGCAGCACACCCAAAUUGUGGUCUCCCAGAGACUUGUCCUCUCAACACUGCUCCGAUUCAUAUUCAAACAAAGAGAAAGGACAUGAUUCCUGGGCCAUAUUUCUGCCUCAAUGGGAUUGGGUUCAGCAUGGAAAACACUGUGAACUAUUCUCGAGGAAUCAAUGUUGCUUUGAUUAAUCAUCAUUCCUUCCAGGUUUUGGAACUCAGAAAUUUUGACACAUACCUAUUUCAAUCAGAGACUUCUGCUUUGGAGAAGUAUCUGAAACAAGAUGUAACAGAUGAUAAAAUUGUGGUGUUUUUCACUCAUGAUGAAGCAUCAACCAGACUCUCUGAUGCUCUUCGCAUUCACAUCACUUCAAGCUUUGGUAGUGCUCAUUUCCAGAACUUGCAUUAUCGUUCUAAUUGGUACCUUGUGACUCGAAAAAACAUCACAGGAUUCAGCAUUUAUGAAGAUAUAACAUUGAGUAUUGGUAAUGGAGACCCUACCAGCAUUGAUGUCUUUUUCUGCCUGUCAAAAUCAACUGUUCAUAGAGAAAUGCCUACCAUACCAACUGUGGAGAUGGAUAAAAAUGUUUCGAACUCACCAGUCUAUAAGUUCCCUAUCUUGGUCCUUGGUGGUGGUCAUCCAGUAUCCUUAUCGUCAACUCUCCUUACUCUUUUCUACCAGCCAGGGAUUCUCCCACAUCAAGUUCUCGUCCUUACCCCUUGGAGAGAAAUCCAGGAUGAACUUCUUGAUAUCUUCUGCUUUCAGGGCCUGAACUAUUCACCUUCAAAUUCUUUUGGGUAUGCACAGAACAGUGGCUCAGGGAAGUUGGUCUAUCGGGUGGAGGGGUUCCCUGGUUUCGCAUUCCUCAUGAGGUUAAGCAUCUUCCAGAAUGAGUUGCGUGGUCACAUGAGGGACUGCUGUGCAAAUGUGUACGACAGUUUGUCUUGGGAAGGUUGGGUGUGGGAGGAACUCUUUGAUCGAGAAAUCCUAGUUCCUGAUCUGAGUCGUGUUUUGCUGCAGCCAUCUGUUGUCACUGAAACCCCUACAUCUCGGGGUUUGCUGUCAAAGGACCGAGACACUAACAAGGAUCCCAAUGUUCGCUUGGUGAUGAAACCAGAAUCUUUGAUGAGAAUUCCAUAUGAGAUGCAGAUGAAGGCCCUCAUCCAGAGGGCUGAACCCUUGAAUUUAAACAUGGACAUGUGUGCAAGAGCUGGCACUGAUUACAUUGAAUCCCUCCUUGAAACUCAAAAUGCGGAGCAGCACUCAAUUUUUGUGAAGCAAGAGUCAGGCAUGGACAUGCGGGGAAUGGAGAGUGUUGCUUCGUGCUUUGGAUUGCCUCGUGCAUCACUUCGUUUCCACAAAGGAACCCUCAGAUUCCACAUGAAGAUGAAGGAAAUAGUGGUAAUCGGCUCAGCUUCUCCUUACAUCGUCCACAAGCCAAAGGCGGCUGAAGUUGUUGUUGCUGGAGGAUGAUUCAUCUCAUGUCUAUGCUAUGUGUUCUUUCUUUGUGUCUAGUCAUUCCUGGUCUGUGAUUCUCUAUUAUGCCAAAUAUGGAUCUACUCUAGUGCAAUGAUUGUGCCAAAGC